ACAGAGAAGCGUCUAUUGCGGUUUGGUUUGUGACCCAUCAAGAGCACCAGCGCAGCCUCGGGCCGAGCCUAGCGGCACAUGGUGUGGGGUUUGUGGGGGUGUCGUCCCCUGCGUUCAAGAAACGAGAGGAGCAGAAGGGGAGAGAUGCUAGACCAGAGAGGGAACAGAGGGAGGAGGGCGGGGGAAGAGGGACGGGGAAAGCAGAAGAGACGGGAGAGAGGACCCGAGGAAAGAGGAGAAAGAGGAGCAUGAUUCUGAGUGAAGUAAAUGAAGAGGGGAACGAAGCGGAGGAUAAAACGGAUGAAGAAGAGGGGGGAUGGGGAGAGGAGGAGGAGGCACGGCAUCGCAGAGAGUGCUUUGAAGCCAUCCAGCAGUGCUUGGAGGAAUCGAGUGAGGGGGGGGAAAGGAAAGGAAGAACCAGCAGCAGGGAUGGCGAGCUGCAAGAGACACAGAGGCUCAUAGUCUUCAACCUCUUUGCGCUGGAGGCAUGGCACAUAGCCGAGCACUUUGGAGUCAAGUGUAUGGCUGCUGCACCCUACGUCAUUCCUUACCGACCUCCCCACCAGUUCUCCUCUCACUUUGCUCGCCGUCAUCCGUCUAUUUUCCACCGGUUGAAGCACGCUCUCGGCCCACACGAGCUCUCGUGGUCCGAGGUGCAGGAGUGGAUGUGGCCUCUGCUCUUCCCCUGUUAUCGGUGGGCGCGGUGGAGGGAAGCUUCUCUGUGCCUUCCGCCGUGCGCUUUCCUGGAUCCUGUGACAGAAGAGCCGAUCCGUGAUUGGCCCCCGCCCACACCCUUACUGUAUGGCUUCAGCCCUGCUGUUGUUGAAUGCCCAUCAUAUUGGCCUUCAUCUAUCAAAGUCUGCGGCUUUUGGUUCCCUCCGCACCAGCAUGCUGCAGAGCCACUCUCCCCUCCUCAUGCUCCUGCUUCAGCACCAGGAGCAGCAGAAGCAGAAGCAGCAACAGAGGCAGAGGAAGCAACAGAGGAAGCAACAGAGGAAGCAACAGAGGAAGCAACAGAGGAAGCAACAGCGGAAGCAGCAGGAAGAGGACAGUCAGAAAGGGAUGUUUUAUGGAGGAGCUGCACUGCCUGUGACAAUAUUGAAGAGCAACUCCUCCUACGAUUCCUCCACCCUCCCAACGCUCGUGACCCACGUCACCCCCGGAGCGAUGUGUUCUAUGUGGGAUUCAGCGCCAUGGGAAGCAUGGGGCUACUUCCCAAUCCCGCAUCUCUGCUUGCCACCAUCACUGCUGCAACCACGGCUCUCAAUCUGCGAGCCGUGCUCGUGACAAGUGGCGACAGCGCAUUGGAGGAGGCAGUUGUUGCAACGUGGAAGGAGGAGGAGUGUCGGCAGGGAGGGCCAGAUUCGAUAAAGAGGAGCAGAGGAGGAACAGUCUCGGUUGACAAAGAAGGGUUGCCCUUGUCCAAAACACCAUCCCAAAGACCACCACCGGAUCUAACACCACAACCGUCGAUUCUGCCAUCACCACUCUUGUCUCCUGCCUUUUCUGCCACGUCAGCACCGAGGCUCCUCACAUGUGGGAGAGUGCUUGUCCUUCGGGGCCCUGUCAGCCACGAGUGGCUCUUCCCGCACUGCUGCUUCGUGCUGCACCAUGCGGGCAGCGGAACCACAGCAGCGGCACUCAGAGCAGGCGUACCGCAGGUGCUCUGCCCUUUCAUUCUAGACCAGCACUACUGGGCCGAGCGACUCUCCUACCUUGGGGUCGCCCCUCCCCCUCUCCGCCCGUCCGACCUCAUGCCUCUUGAAUCGAUUAAACUGCCGACAGCCCCAGCUGCUGCGGCUGCCCCUCUAGCUACAGUCGUCAGUUGCUUUGCUGCCGCACGGGAUGCGGGCAUGAGGGAGCGGGCCCAGGCGCUGUCACAAGAGAUAGAGAAAGAGGAUGGUGUGGCAGUGGCUCUGGCUGCAAUCGAAGGGGUGCUCUUCAAGUAAAGGCAUUGGGCUACGCUCGUCAUAAAUAUCCAUGAGACUUCAGCAGCAGUAUUCAAGGAAUUUCAGUACAAUCCAGGGGAUUUCCAUACAGCCAACGGCUUUACGUAACAUCCAGGGGGUUUUGAAGGCCACAUAAAGCCAACCACACGUGCCUCCAACACACUGGCAUCCACACCACACACCCGAGUUCCUUGUAGACUCGUGCCUUGUCUCGCUCCUCAUCCGAAUCAUCCCCCCUCUCUCUGAAUUUUAGUUUUGAGGCGGCUAAAAACAAAAACAUCCCGAGACUCGUGCCUUGUCCCCCUCCUCAUCCGAAUCUAUCUUUGAGGCGCCUCAUAAAAAAUAGACUCUCCUCAUGCCUUGUCCCCCUCCUCAUCCCCCUCCCCCUCCUCAUCCCGAGACUCAUGCCUCAUGCCUUGUCGCCCUCCUCAUCCGAAUCAUCCCCCCUCUCUCUGAAUCGCGGAUUCUUCUGCACACCACAGAACCGGGGGCUCAAGAUUGUGUCGUUGUUCCAAUAUUG